AUUGUAAGUGUUGAAAAUUUUAAGGGGCCACUACAGCCCCUUGCCUUCGAUCGAGCUUCGUUCCCCUCCGUGCCCCUCUCUCCCUCUCUCUCUCUCUCUCUAACAUUCUGCCCAAGAUUGGGGAAAUGGGACCAGAUUGCGAAAUCAAAAAAGUUCAGAUAGUACAGUACAGAGAGACAGAUUUCACAGUUGUGAUCUGGGAGGAAGCUUAGAGAGAGAGAGGGAGAGUAGAGAAGAAGGUGAGGUGGGUUUUUCCAUUUGGUGUUUGUCUUCUUCCUAAGUUCUAAGCUUUUUCCACAUUAUAGGAUGAUUCUGUUCCUUCCGAGUUGUUCUUCAGACACAAAAGGCCAAAAACCAACCCACCCCCAUUAUUUUAUCUAAUGUGUUUUUUUUUAAUAUAUAUUAACAAUAAUGAUAAUGUAGCUAGAGACCAGCGGUCUGUCAGACUGUCUCCGUGUGUCAGACCUGGUUCUUCUUCUUCUCCUUCCUCCUUGGUUCUGCCCGGGGAAAAGCAUGUUUCACCCCCCCGGUCUCUCUCUAUCUCAUCCUCUUUUUCGUGAUUUUUUUAAUGAGGCAAUGUCCUGCAAGGGGGUGCUGUGCUCUGAAGCCCAUCUGGGCAGAUUUCAAACAAUAAAAACUGUAUAUUCAAUGCUCUAUUCUACUGUCAGGGUAGCGAUCUUCCGCAAAGAACACAGAGGGCUGCAAUAGUGUUAGUGGGCAUUUGCUUUUUGGGGCUUCUCUAGUUGCUUGCAUUUGACAGAGAUAGAAGAGUCUUCAGUGGGAAUCAGAGAAAUGGGGUGUGUUGCUUCGAGGACGAUUGAUAAGGAGGAGAGGGUGCAGACCUUCAAGGAGAGGAGGAGGCUGAUGAAGCAGCUUUUGGUCCACAGGGGUGAAUUCUCUGAUGCUCUAUUGGCCUACUUGAGAGCACUUAAGAAUACGGGAGUGACCCUUAGGCAGUUCACGGAGUCGGAGUCACUCGAGAUCGAAGACAUCCCACCGGAUUCCCUUGCAUCGCCUUCCUCUCCUCCUCCCCCUUUGCCUCCUUCUCCUCCACCGCCUCCCCAUUUCAGUCCCGAAAGAAAAGCCAAGCCCCGUAAAGCAGACAAUGAAACUGGCCAAGAAGAAAGCAUAGAGAUCAAUGAAGAUGACGACGGUGGUACCCCACCUCCUCCCCCAGUCCCGAGCUCGUCGUGGGACUUCUGGGACCCUUUCAAGACUCUUUCACCACAGCAUCAGGAGAAGAAAACUGAACACUUGGAGGAAGAACACUGGGCGGAGACCAGGACGGAGUUCGAGGAAGAGUGCGCUGAGGAAAUAGUAGAAGAAGUUACUUCUGAUCCAUUGCCCGAGAAGCCAGAAAAGCAACCUGUAGAGAUGAUAGUGGAUGAUAGCUCAUCUUCGGUGAUGAGCUGGAAUACUAAGAGAGCUUUGGACAUGAGGACGAUGGUUGCAUGGAGCAGGAGCAAGAAGACCUUGGAGGGCAUAGUAAAGGACUUGGAUGAUUAUUUCUUGAAAGCUUCGGCGCUUGGGAAAGAGAUUGCUAUUCUCGUGGAUAUAAACUCAGGGGAUGUUUUCCCCCCUCAGAAUUUCAAUAAGAGGAAGAGAAGUAAUUCUGCAAAGGUGUUCAGUGCUCUGUCAUGGAGUUGGUCUUCCAAAUCGCUUCAACUCACUAGAGAAGCUUCCGACUGCAGCAAUGGUCCCAGUGAACCAUGCAGGCCUGGAGCUCAUUGUAUUACACUGGAAAAGAUAUUUGCUGCAGAGCAAAGACUUCACAAGGAUGUAAAGGAGGAAGAAAGCAUGAAACUAGAGCAUGAGAGGAAGUCCUUAUUGCUGCAGAAGCAAGAAGAUGAAGUGCACGAAUGGACCAAGUCUGAGAGAACAAGAUUGAGUGUAGAGACCCUGGAGUCUGAAAUAGCAUUUCUUCAAGAAUCUAUCAGUCAGACUUGUUCAUCGAUACUGGCCCUCGUAGAUGAGGAGCUUUACCCUCAGUUUGUCGCAUUGAUUUCUGGGCUGACGCACAUGUGGAGAACAAUGUACGAGUGCCACCAAGUUCAGAACCAUAUUUCUCUGCAACUGCAUCGUAUCACCGUGGAUCAGAUCACGGACUUGACCUCAGAUUACCAUCGCCGAGCAGCAGUGCAGCUUGAGGCUGAGGUAGAAUCCUGGUACAACAGCUUCUGCUACCUUGUAAAGUCUCAGAGGGAAUACGCAAAAACACUGUUGCAGUGGAUCCAACUGACUGAUUCCCUCGUCGAUGAACAAGGGCAACGCAGCAGCUUCUCUUCUGCAGUUUGCAGCCUCUGCCAGCAAUGGCUUCAUCACCUUGAGAAAAUGCCCCAUCAGAUGGCUUCGGAAGCCAUCAAAGGCGUUCUGUGUGCAGUCCAGUCGAUCCUUCUGCAGCAGGCGCAAGAACUAGACCAGCGCAAGAGAUCUGAUAAGCUUGAGAAGAGGCUGCAGAAGGAGUUGCAUUCGCUUGAUGAUCUGGAAAAGAGGAUUGAGGGAGGACCCAACGCUUCUGAUGUCACAAAUUCUGAAGCAUUAAGCCCCAAGCAUCCUCUCUCACUGAAGCGCGCCAAAAUUGAAACUUUGAAGAAGCGAGUAGAAGACGAGAAAGCCGAGUAUGUGAACUCAGUGCACGGUACAAGGGCGAUGGUCCUUAACAACCUUAAGACAGCCCUUCCAAACAUUUUUCAGGCACUGAUGGUGUUCUCGAGUGCCUCUGCUGAUGCCCUUGAGGCCAUUCAUGGCCAUGACAAGCCUGCCGAGGAUCGCCACGAGUAAAUCUCCAUUUCACUGACCUUAACUUUCUUUAAACGGUGUCCCUCACAAAAACCAUCGCCACAAUAUUAUAUGUUUUUUGCGUUACUUUGGCAUUAGUUAGUACAUACUUCCUCCAGGAGUCACAACGGAUCAAAUAUUCAA